CUCGGCCCCGCAGCAUCUCACAUUCUGCUCCCCUGCCUGUCUUCGUUUGAGACCUGGUUUUUCCCCCCGCCAUGAUUUACUCCUCAGGAAGAGAAUCCUACUUCAACCUGAACUCCACCUGGUACGACCCCUCGGGCUCCUGGCUGGACACGCGGCGCACGCCCUUCCGCUACGGCUACGCCACCUGCUGCUCCUCGGGCUGCCACGGCCAGGGCGCCGAGGGCAUGAGGGGCCACGACUACCGCCACUACGGCUACCGGCAGCCCCGCUGCACCGAGCGCUGCCCCUCGGGCUCCUCGGGCUCCUGCCACGGAGGGGGGGACACCUGUGUCAGGAGGCCCACGUACAGCUACGGGGGCUCAGGGGGGUGCCAGGGUUACGGGAGGUCCGUGUGCGCUGAGAGGUGCCAGGGCUCCUCGGGCUCGUGCCACGGAGGGGGGGACACCUGUGUCAGGAGGCCCACGUACAGCUACGGGGGUUCAGGGGGGUGCCAGGGAUAUGGGAGGUCCGUGUGCUCCGAGAGGUGCCACGGGUCGGUGGCCCAAGGGGGGAAGCCGUGCUGUGGGACACCCGUGCAGAGCAUCCCAGUGCAGAGCUGUCCCCCACCAGUGCAGAGCAUCCCAGUCCAGACCUGUCCCCCACCAGUGCAGACCUGUCCCUGUCCCUGUCCUCCCCCUGUGAAGAGCAUCCCAGUCCAGACCUGUCCCCCUCCAGUGCAGACCUGUCCCUGUCCCUGUCCUCCCCCUGUGAAGAGCAUCCCAGUCCAGACCUGUCCCCCUCCAGUCCAGACCUGUCCCCCUCCAGUCCAGACCUGUCCCUGUCCCUGUCCCCCUCCGGUCCAGCAGGGUUGUGUGCCCGUGGCCAAGGGCAUCCCCCGCCAGCAGCAGAAGCAGGUCUGCAAAGUGCCAGCCCGGAAGAUCAAAUAAAGGACGUGAGGAGUGAGGGGAAGCAAAGGGAAUUGUCCCUGUCCCCCCUCCCUGUCCUGCUUUGUCACCCAUCUCUCUCUGUCGCUCUGCUUGUAACGCGCUCUGAAGUUGUGACCCACUGAUGCUGUGAAAUUUAAAAUGCUUUUCACCUCAUUUCACAGCAGAUGUGGAGGCAAUAAAAAAUGCUGGCUCAAA